AUGAUGCUCCUCCACCACCAUGGUCAUCAGCUACUCACCGCAGCCCUAGCGGCGCUGAGCACUACCGUCACCGCAGCUCCAGCCGUCACAUCACCUAACAACUCCUCUUCUUCUUCUGUCAUCGUCGUGAGCCAAUCCGUCCCCGAAUCCGCUGGCUUGCCCGUCUUGCAUCCGUUUGUGUCGUUUUCGAUUGAGUUUGUCUUCUUUCCGGAUUAUGCGGGGAAUCGAUCUCAUCCGAACACCUUCUCGAAUAACUUGUUGGAUAAUCUGGCCGAGUUGGAGGGGGUGAAGCCUUUUAUUCGGGUGGGAGGGAUUACGCAAGACUUCGCCCUCUACGACCCGACCCUCCCCACCGCGACGAACGGCACCUAUGUCCCCAGCAUCAGCACGGACUACCCCCUGCUCCUGACGAUCGGGCCCUCGUACUUCGAGUCCUACUCGACCUGGCCGGGAGCCCGGUUCAUCCACGGCUUCAACCUGGGCCGGAACACCUCGGCGCAGUUCGCACAGCUGCUGGAGACGGUGCCGCUGGUGUGCGAGGCGCUGGCCGGGGGCAAGCUGGCCUACUGGGAGCUGGGCAACGAGCCCGAUCUCUACAAGACCUCGGCGCAGGGGGCGGUGCGGCCCCCCACCUGGACGGAGCGGGACUACGUGAAUGAGUGGGUGAAUAAGACGACGGCCAUCCAGCAGAAGAUGCGGGCGUCGUGCGCCGGCGGGGAGGAAUGCGCUAACGCCAAGUAUAUCGCGCCGUCGUUUGCGGGGGUCUCCAAUAGUUUGAACCCCGUGGUGACGUGGGAGAAUGGGCUUGACAGGAAGGGGAAUAUCGCGCUGAAUUCGGAGCAUAAUUACAUUGGCGGCGCCACGCAACCGGGCGUUACACUGCAGAAGACACUAAUGAACCAUACGAUGACGGUCCAGAGCGUCGCGCAGCAUGUCAAUGUCUCGACCAUCCUGCUUGAAAAGAACCUGACCACGAAUAUCCCGUACAUCUUGGGGGAGACCAAUUCGUUGUACAACGAAGGCGCGUCGGGGCUCUCCAAUUCGUUCGGCGCGGCGCUCUGGGGCGUCGACUUCAACCUCUACUGCGCGUCGCAGAACAUCCGACGGACCCACAUGCACCAGGGACGCGACUUUCGGUACGCCUCCUGGCAGCCGGUCAACACCAACAGAACCACCAUUGGCACCAAGGCGCCCUACUACGGCAACGUCAUGGUGGCGGCUAUGCUCCACGGCGGCGAGGGCGGCGAGAAGGACGAUGUCCAGAUCGCCAACCUUCCGCUGAAGCGAGACACCGAGGCCGCAUAUGCCGCGUACGUGAACGGUGGCUUGGCCCGGAUUGCUGUCAUCAACCUGGUGGAGUUCAAUUACACCGGGUCGACAACGACGGGCAGCAGCCAACGACCCAACGCGUCUUAUGUUUUUCAAGUGCCCUCAUCUGCUGCUGGAACUACUGUCUCAGUGCAGCGGCUGAUAGCCAACGGUAGUGACGCUAUCACGGGGAUCACCUGGGAUGGAUUGUCGUACAAUUAUGAACUGAACAAUGGGAAGCCUGUGCGUUUGGCAAACAUCACGGCGGGGGAGACAGUUUCGGUUAGCCGAGACGGAACAGUGAGCAUCGAGGUUCCUUAUUCGAGCGCUGCUCUCUUGACGUGGUAG